AAACAGUGUUGCAUGUUUGCGGCUGAUAUCGCAGAAUUCCAAUUCGUUCUGAAUUUUUAACCAUUGCAAAAUCCGACGCCGAAAGAAACAUUUAUCAGUGGAGUUUGUCUCUGCGCAUUUGAUUCUUGUGUAAAAUCCCAGAAUUUAAAUAUAUAAAUUUGAGCUUGCAAUGAAAACAAGAAAAUAGGAGUGUCUUAAUUGUGACGAUGAAGAAAUGCCGAUUUUUUUAAUACUUUUCAUUACUAAGAUUUUCGCCGCUGGUUCCUGUCGCAGUUUUUUUGUUUCUUGCAAUCGUGUGAGUGUGCAUACUAUUUUGUAUAUGUGUUUAAUGUUGGACUCGAAGCCGGAGAAGUACACAGAGGCAUUAAAAAAAAUAAUAAUAAUAAAAUAGUGCAGUGUUGGUGAAUAAUUUUAAUCAUUAAUCAAUUGUGGCACGAAUAUAAUCUUUUUCCUACGAAUCCACAAUUAAAAAGUUUGGAGGAGCGCGCCACUCCUUUUUGUAAAAUUUUUUAAAUUUUGUAUACCUUUGCUCUCCAAUCUCUCCACUCGGUUGUGGCUAAAGAAUAUCGGAAUAAAACGUAUGUUCCUUCUGGAGCACAAGCAUAGCCGGUGGAACCGAUUGAGUCGUAUAUUCAUGUAUACGAAUUAACUCAUGAGUACAUAGACAGGUCUGUGAAUAAGAAAACUGAACUGUGUACACAGUACUAACCAGCCGAGGCUGGCAGUUUAGGGAGUUAUUUGGCUGCAAAAUAAUGAAACGAAAUGUACAAAUGUAUUUUUUUGCAGCGCCUGCAAAGUAAUAAUAAAUAUAGUGAAAAAAAUUGUUUUGUGGUCGGUGCAAAUUCAGUAUCAGUGAAUUAAAAAGCAAAUCUUGUAAAAUUUUAAAAAGAAAGUUAAUAAUAAAUUGAAGAUUUUCUCGUUUAAAAAUGAAAAAGAUCGAAAGAAAAAGGCUUUGUUCACUCAACAACUGCAAUAACUAUUAUCCUUAAGAAGCUACCGAGUUAUACCGGAAGGUAUUUUUAAGCGUAUUUUCUGAUUCGAAAACAAAAUUUUGAGAGCACAAAAAACUCACACUUCAGCAAAUGCGAACAAUUGCAUACAGUUAAGAACUGUUAGUGGUGGCACCGUUGCUACUUGAAUGCACAGCUGCAACCGCCGGACGGCGAACGCAACGAAAAUACGCCACACACGGUAAAAACUGGACCGGUAAGAGGAAGCGCGAGUGGCAACAAAAAUAGCAAAAACACUAUAUUAACCAAAUGCAACAGCAACAACAACGGCAACAACAACGAAAGCGAAGAAUAAAAUAACUGAAAAUAAGCGAAAAAAUUUGCUUGCCACAACGUAAAGGAAGACCCAGAGAGAGAGAGAGAUAGAGGAAGAGGACGAACGUCAGAUAAACAGCAACAGCAACGAAAGCCACAAACCAAAAAUACAAAAUUGCAAAGUCAUUCAUUCAUUCAUUCAUUCAUUCCAGCCACUAGCCACCAGCCACCAGCCACCGGCCGCCAACGGCCGUCUUGACUGCAGUAGUUGGUUGAGUGGGCCAUCGAUGGAGGCGACUAUAACUGCAGGAUACAAAGGGGAAAAAGACACUAAACGAAUAAAGACUCACAUAUUUGUAUAUGUAAGACAACAGCAAUAACAACAGCAGCAGAAGACUUAACCAAUCAACGAAACAACUGUUGCUGAACAAAGCAAAAUUUGUUUGCCUGCAACUAACCAACCAAGUUAACGGUCGCACUGUGCACCACUCCACUUUCAGCGAACAAACGAAGCAAGUAAACUUUAGGAAGGCGGCUGGGAGGAGCAAGAGAAACAGGGAGCAGACGAACACAAUAAUAUUUGUACAACGUGCAAAUAAGUAAAUUAAGACGAUUCUCAUACCGCACGUGAACACAUUUAUUCACCGCCAAAAUGGAGAAACCCAUACAUCCGACGCCAGUUGGUAAAGUUUCGCAAAUUGCGAAUCUAUUCCAGCGCAAACCGAUCGAAAUACAGCCUGUGGAACAGUUGAGUGCCGCUGCAGCAGCCGCUGCUGCUGCCGCCGCCGCCGCUGCCGCUGCAGCCAACCAGCAACAAGGUGUUGUUGGUGGUGUCGCUGCCACGGUUGUACGAACCGAGUCCCAUUCGGCUCGUUUCAAUAAUGCCCGAGCGCUCUUCGAGAAGCUUGGGGUGGAGAGCAAUUCAAAUUCGAACGUAAAAAUGUCACGUUCCGGCUCGCGUGACGAUAAUCUCUGUGAAGGUAAUAACUCGGAUCGUUCAUCUUCGCGUUCGUCAGAUCGCUCGAUAUCGCCACCGAAACGUCGCUCGCCAUUCCCGCCGGGUUGUAAUGUAGCCGCUUCGCUAGCGAAUAAUAAUAAUUGCGUCCAACCUCCGCCGCAGCUGAAUGGUGGUUUGGCUCUGAGUAAUAAUAAGUUUAUCGUGGAACCGGCUACGAAACUACAUCACAAUAUUGCACGUCACAAAUCCGAAGACGGUGUGCUAAGCAGUUCUUCGGUUGGCGGUGUGGGUGCCAUACUGUCAGCAGCUGGUGGUGGUGGUGGUAGUGUCGAUAAGCCGGAAAAACCCGAACGUAAAUUUAAUUCACGAGAACUCAUCGAAAAACAAAAGAAGUGGACCUCACAUUUCACGAAAACCAAAUCCAACCGUACACACAGCGACCAAAAUCGCUGUGACAUAAUUCGCACCGUGCCUGGCACAACGCUCUUCUCCGGCUCGGUCAUACAGAUGAAGGAGCGUGAGAAAGAAAAGGAGAGAGAAAAAGAGAAAGACAGAGAUCGCGAUCGUGAUCGUGAUCGUGAUCGGGAACGUGAUAAAGAGCGAGACAGAGAAAAGGAUAAUGCCAAUAUUGGCAGUAGUGCAGUCUCUCCAAACUUGAAUCACAAACCAACCGCUGCCAAUGUGGCUGUAUCUAAUAUGGAACAGUUGCGCUCACCCAUUUUGACUGCUGCUCAACAGCACCAGCAACCGCAAGAUCAUCCACCUAGUCCGCCGGUACGUCACUCUGUGGUACCGCCGGAGAUUAAGCCGCGCAGUACCAAUAAAAUUGGUAGCCCCAUCAAGUCGCCCCCAUUGCCACCCAUACCAGCUGUCAAACCGAAGAAUGUCAGUCCGGUAAAAUUCAAUCCGGAACGCGUACGUUCACCGACAAAGUUACCCGAUGUAUCAACUCAGCCACCGCCGCCACCUGCCAAAUCGGCAGCGGUCACUGCUGCUCUCCAACGUUCACUUGACGAACAACAACAACAACUAGCUAUAGCCGCUGCCUCCACAAGUGCGCCUGUGCCGCCAGAGAAGCCACGUAAAAAAUCGAUUGAUCUCAUUGAGGGUGAAGAGCGUCCGACGCCCUCCUCGCCCACUUCUGCUACAUUCCAGUGUGUUGCAGUGGCGGCCAAACGUGGCUCCGUCGACAGUUUGGGUGGCGGUGCAAACGGUUUGAGUGGCAGUGUUAAUUCUGCUACGUCAUCGUCGCCAGCCGCUAGCGCCUCGUCAGGACCAUGCUCGCCGGUCUACACCGAAGAUGAGAAACAAGAGAACGAGUCGACUGAGAAAUCAGAAUUACUACAACAGUAUUACAAUAGCAUGCCACGCACACGUCGCAGCGAUAACGAAGGACGCUCCAGCAAAAUCGAACGUCAGGAUGUUACCGACGUACCAUUAACCCAAAAUCAAUCUCAAAUUCAAGCGCAAAAUCAUUCCCACAUUAUGUCACCGCAGCGUACAUCAUCCGUUGCCUCGUCCGCCUCAUCGAAGCGUAUCUCAUCAAGUAUCUCCGUACAAUUACCAGCCGCCGGCUUGGGCUCACGACCAACCAGCAUCAUUUCAACAAGCACAAGUCUGGACGAGGGUGGCUUCAAUGAACCCUCGCCGGAGAUCAAAGCCAAACUCAAGCCCGCCUACGACUUUGAGGUGCCCAAUGGUCGUAAUGUUAGCAGUGGCGUCGGCGCUGUGGGUGCCGCGGCCGAUGUGGAUGAAUGUGACCGCAGCCGGAGCAUGCCAACGGCGGAGCAGAUAGAGAAACCCAGUUUAAAUUAUGUCGAUGUGGGCUAUCGUCUCAAUCCAGACGGUAGUGAAUCACAUGAAGUUUUCGGCGAAUCCGAACUCUACGACACAGCCAAAGUGACUGAAAUGCAUAAGAAAUUCCAUGCUAAUGGAUUUGCACAAGAGACUACCACAGUGUAUGCCACAAUAAAAACGGAAGUCACCACCGCCGUUGAACUCUACUAUCCAGGUGGCAAGUUGGCUAAGGAACGCGAAAGGGUAAGCGGUGUCUUGCAAUCGCCAACUAAAUCUAUUGGCAGUGGUGGUUCGCCGGUCAAAAGUGCAACGAUCUCUUCACCACCCGUCGGUGUAGUGUCGCCCAUACGACGGCGCAGCUCCGAUGUGAGCGUCAAAUCCACACCACCCAUGUCGCCAACGUCGAUUGGCAGCGGCAGUGGUGGUAGUUGUAGUGGUACAGCAACAACGAACUCGACCAGCAAUACACGUUCGAUCUCUUCCAUUGCUAUCGCGGCAGUGGCCAACACCAGCGGCAAAGGGGUGGCACCCAUUGCUUCCCUCGAUACGCAGGAGGAAUUUGAUAGCUCCGAACUGCCAGCAUUGCCUGAGCGUCCGCCGCCACUGACGAGCGCUUGCUCUACAGCUGUGACAGCAGCAAUAACCGCAGCUACUGCGGGUGGUGUUGAUGGUGAUGCCGAGUAUUGUGCUCUGGAUUUGCAAGACUUGGAAUAUGCGGAUAGCAGUGCUGGUGAGGAUGAGGAUGAUUUGAUGCGCGCCAUAGAGGAGGACGAUGACGACGAUGUGCAGGUGGAUGCUUGUGAGGCACCACUAGCCACAGUUGCUGAGGAAGAUGAGGAGGAUAAGUUGAUGAUAACCACGGUGGCGGUGGAAGAGGUGGCAAUACCGCGCGAAGAUAGUCUGCCCGAUGCUAUGACCGCCGAUGAGGCAGAACAAUUGUUGAGCUCGAGAAUUUUGGAAAGCAAAAUCAGACAACAGUCGUUGCUCUCAGACGAACAAGCCAAGGAAGUCGAGCAGAUCCUAUCAGCUGCUGUGCCCGCAGUGGGUGUGGCCGUUGCAGCUGUCGUCGCUACAGCUACUUCGCCAACUGGCAUUAAAAGUCUAAUCGAAGAAACACAACCAACAACAGAAUCACCGCCGACUGCAGAGCAUAACGAUAGAAGGGAUAUUAUCGUAGCAACAACAACAACAACAACCAAAGUUAACACCGACUCAACUGGUGGAGAGGUACGUGCUUCGGCGAGUGGCGGAAGUAAUUCAAUAACUGUCACUCUUGUAAGUGCCGACGGCGAAGCUUCUAGUAGGGAAGUCGAGCAAGCCAACAGUGCGAAUGAUAAUGAGCAUGUGGACGACGAAGACGAGGACGAGGACGAAGACGAGGAUGUCGACAUAGUUGGCAUUGGUGCCGCACCUGCACAUAUUUUAAAUGCGACCUUCACAAAAGCGGACAGCUACAGUGCUGCAACUAACAAGGCCAAUAACAACUACAACAAAAGCAACAGCAACACCAAUAAUAAUAUACAUGACGACGAUGAGCCGGAAUGGCUACGUGAUGUACUUGAGGCGCCUAAUCGCAGUCUUGAGAAUUUGCUAAUUUCCCGCUGCUCUGCUGGUAGCGACAGACGACAUUCACAGGAUAGUCAAAGCGGUGGUGUCGGUGAGAGUUUUGUUGAAAGUAAACAUUCCGAGGUGGUGACUGCUUCUAAGGUCGAGACCAGCUAUGAUGCCGACAACGAUUCUACGCUCUUUAUACAACAAAGCCAGCAACAUCAAGAGCUACAAUCAUCGCCCAGCAAGCAAGAACAACAACAAUCGCAACAAUCACUUUUAAAUCAAACAUUCAUACAACAGGAUCCCAGCAGUCCAAUACCACAUGGCCAAACCGGCGAAUCUCUGCAAGAGUCAAUUGUUUCGGUUGAAUCAACACUGUCGGAUGGCACUCUCAAUCAAACGACAACCAUUGAUGAUAGCAUAAUCUCGAGCAAACACAAUUCGACCUACUCUUUGGCCGAAGGGGAGCUACAUUCAAUUAACACUAAUACAACAACAACCAGUCUUGGUGGUGGAGAACUCGACGAGUCACAAUUCUAUAUACCCGAAUAUCCGCCGGUUAAAAGUAAGGAAGUCUAUGUGGAAUCGGGCGUGCAUUACUUUGAAGAUGGCAACUUUUGGAUGGAAGUGCCGGGUCUCUUGGACUUUGAUGACGACGAGCUUUCCUACCCACCAAUACCAGUGAAAAAGAAUACCAAAGUCCGUUUCAGCUCAGGACCUAUACAAGUAUUUUCAACAUUCUCCGUAACCGACUACGAUCGCCGCAAUGAAGAUGUUGAUCCUGUUGCUGCUUCAGCUGAAUAUGAGCUGGAGAAGCGUGUCGAGAAGAUGCAUGUCUUCCCGGUUGAGUUAAUGAAAGGGCCCGAAGGUUUAGGAUUGAGCAUAAUUGGCAUGGGCGUUGGUGCCGAUGCCGGACUCGAAAAAUUGGGAAUAUUUGUGAAAACUAUAACCGAUAACGGUGCAGCCGCACGAGACGGACGCAUACAGGUUAAUGACCAAAUCAUCGAAGUGGAUGGCAAAAGUUUAGUUGGUGUGACACAAGCUUAUGCCGCAUCCGUGUUACGUAAUACCUCGGGUUUGGUGAAAUUUCAAAUUGGACGUGAGCGUGACCCGGAGAACUCGGAGGUAGCGCAACUUAUACGCCUGAGCUUGCAGGCGGAUCGAGAGAAAGAGGAGCGAUUGAAGAGACAACAAGAGGAGUACUUGCGUCGCACACUCGACUACUCGGAAGACUCCACACAACCCGUUUCGGCUAACUCCAGUGUCUGUGAGGGUCCUUCGAGUCCCGUGCAAGUCGAACAUCCAAUGGAGGUCGAGGCAACCCAUUCACAGGAGGUAGAGUCUCUGAAGAGGCUGCUACAGGAGCAUAAAGCGAGUGAAUUGAGUUGCCUGUUGAAAGACGGCAUUAUCGAUACGCUGAAGCUAAAGCUCGUCAAAUUGGAGACGACAGGCAAUGAAAAUGAAUUGCUUAGCGAACGUCUACGUCAAAGCGAGCGUGAGCUAACCAACAUUAAAAAAGAGGCUUCAAAUCUACAAAAUAUGUUACAACAAUCACAAGCGCAAUAUAUGGCGCUGGAUAAGAAAUACAACAAGGCCAAGCGUUUGGUGCGUGAGUAUCAGCAACGCGAGGUGGAUAUGUGCCAUCGUGAGGAAUUCUAUCAGCAGCUGUUGCAAGAGAAGGACACCGAAUACAACGCUCUCGUGAAGAAGUUAAAAGAUCGUGUCAUAAAUUUGGAACAUGAGCUUCAGGAGACACAGCGCAAGGCUGGUUUCCCCGUUGGUCUGCCCUAUGACAGCGCCACGCUUAAGUUGACACCACAAAUGAUGCGUAAAACGCCACCCAAGCCGUUAUUCCAAAAACUCGAAACGGAACUGUCAGACACUGAAAUUUCUGAUCUCUCGCCAGACGGUGAGGGUGUGAAGACCGCCACCGUGGAACGAAAAGUACCAAUCAAAGAUGAGUUGGACGCUGCAGUGCCGCAGCAUGAACUAUUGGAUAAUACCGUGACAAAGACAAAAAUCGAUUUAGCAUCUCGAGGUGGUUUAGCUAAUCGGCAGUUGCCUUCAACAGCAAACAACAACGGCAACAACAUUGCUGCAACUACUAAUACCGCCACUUCUGCAUCCGCCACCAGCAACAGCAACACGAAUGCCGCUUCAGUUAGCGCCGCCGCCACUACUAACAACACGACCAACGCAACUAGUCUAAACAGUAGCAGUAGCAACAGCAGCAGCGCCAACAGCAAUAAUAACGGCUUGAAGAGCAUCACUUUCGGCAAGCGCACACUUAGCAAUAGCAGCUCCGAUUGUGCGCUCGACGAUAGCGAGGAUGAUGGCACUGCCACCACGGUGGCACAUGUUCAUGCUAGCGCCAGUGUCGCCUCCGCCUCUGCUUCCGACAGCAAUGGACUUUCGAAUGGCAGCAGCAGUGGUGGCAGCAUCAUACAUCGCAGUUACUUGCAGCAGCAGCAACAGCAACAUCACGCUACCAAUGGCCACCAUAGCAGUAGCAUCGGAGCUGGCACCACAACUGCCAUCCUUUUGAAUUCGACUGCCACGGCCGGUAGUGGUGUUGCGGCUGCGCGUGAACAACAGAUUAAUCAAUUGUAUGCGCAAGUGCAUAAGGAUCAUAAUAAGAGCGCCGUAGCGGCAGCAGCAGCAGCUGCUGGCAUUGGUCAUUCCACCAUACCAAACAUAUUUAAGAACACAAUCGGUUCGCCGCCCGAUGUAAGCGUAGGUGUUGCAGGCGUCGGCAUUGUGGGCGGCGUUGGCGAUUUUCAUCGCAGCAAUAUGACAACGUUCGGUACUAGCAGUCGUGAUCUCAAUAGUUCAUACGAUUCCAUUUUAGGCUCAAACGAUAAACUCUCCGAGAAUGAACAAUCAUCGGAGAAUUGGAUGUACCCGAGUCGGCGUCAGCGUGUCGGACCGACUGGUGCCCUUCUAAGUGGUAAAAUGCCGCCAUCAUCAUUUACGGAGCAGCUGAAUCAGGCGCUUUCCGAGCGCGAGAGACGACUUGGUGACGGCUCAUCGCGGCAUUCAAGUGAUGACUACACAGAAAUUAAUAAAAGCCAAAGCACAGCUGCCAUCAACUGUAAGACACUUAUCAAUGAAAUACGACAAGCGGUGAACGAGGCACAACCCAAAGUUAAACAAGUUAUACCUCAAUCUCUCUCUCCGCCUGGCACAGUACCAUGGCAGCAACAGCAACAGCAAGCCACUGGACCACCGUCGCCGACCAGCAUGUCAUCCGGUUGUUCCUCACCCGGCUAUUCACCCAGUCGUGCCAUUGAUUUGUCCGGCUCUAGUAGCAGUUUUUCGGAUCGCAAGGCAGCAGCUUGCUAUAAUUACAAGGGUGGGCCAGUCCAUGAAUGGACAAAGGAGCAGGUCGGUCAUUGGCUUAUGGGCAUCGAAUUGGAACGUUAUAUUCCGGUCUUCAAGGAGCAUAAUGUUGAGGGGGGUGCGCUCCUGUCGCUCGAUUCGAAAGAUUUCAAAACGCUCGGCGUUAGUGGCGACGAUAAACAUCGACUGAAGCGACGUCUGAAAGAUUUAAAGGCGAGCAUCGAAAAGGAACGCAAAGACCAGGAACGUGAGCGGCGUGAAAGAGAAAAGGCUAUACGCAAAGCAGAGAAAAAAGCGGCCAAAAAGAAAUAGAAUUAGUUGAAUUAGCAUACGGAAACUAAAAUGAAUUAAGUAAUUAAAUUAAAAUAAAAUAAGCAAACACAAAUACAACAAUUAUAAAAAGAAAUAUUUAAACAAUUAGCAGUUGUAGCGGUAAUUAUAGAAAUUAUAGUAAAGUUUAACAACUAAGGUAGACGAUGAAUUUGUGCUAAAGAUAAGCAACAACCAAAAAAUAUAGACCUUAAUUUUAAGCAGUGCAUAAAGAGGUAGAGGCAACAGUGUAUGAGCUGAGAACUCGUGUAAAGGCAAGGCCGGGAGUGAAGUGUAGCGGGAAAAGUGUAGAAAAUGAUUUUUUUCUUAUCUAAAUAUGAGUUGCACUUUUUUAUCUAAGCAAAAACGAAAAUUAAUCAGAGGAGCUCAAUAAUCUAUUUUGUAAUUAUUUAAAAUAUCUAUUGAUUGAUUGACUAUUUUUUACAUAAUUUAUUAUAGCCCAAGUCACAUCAAAUACAUUUGUAAUUUUAAAUUUUAAGUCAAUUGUACGAAAUGUUUGGAAAUCUAUUAUUAAACAUUAAACAUUAUACUUUAUAUUAUACGUGUAGGCAAAAAUAUUUGAGAUGUGCGUAAAUGAAUCAGUUACGAGCAGCGAGCGAAAUGGAGCCGAAGAUUAAGAGUAAAAUUGAAAUGCAAAAUUUCAUGAAAUGAAAAAUUACUCCACGAACUAGAACUUGCGCAGUUAUUCGCUGCGCUAAGAGUGGAAGCAUAGCAAUUGAAAGCAUUAAGACAUUUGCUGAAAUAUACUUGUAGUUGCACAUAAUUGAUGCACAGCAAAACGAAAAAGAAAAAAAAUUGACGCAAAAAAAAACAAGGAAACCGAAAAUUAUAUAUUUAACAAUGGACUGAUUUUAUGAAUAAAUGAAUUAAUUUAAUGAUAAACCUUAACGACGAAUACUGAAUAAUGAACUAGAAAAACAAAACAAAUAUUCGAUAAAUAUACAAAGAUAAUUAUUUUUAAACUUUAACUACUAUGUAACCGCAUAUGUCAUACAGAAAUUUAAUUAUAUAAACACACAUAUAACAACAACAAUGUACACAAUUUUUCACGUGCAAACAGAAACAUUUUAAUGCGAUGCUGAGUUUAUUGAAAACUGAUUACUUUGGCAGAGGCGUUUAACAACAAACGAAACUAAGUUCAUAAUGACUAGUUUUGUUAAACAGGUGUUUACUAAAAAUUGGUCUAAGGUGCGAGAAAAAUACGAGGAUUGUUCACAGUUAAAUUAAUUUCUUUAUAAUGAAUAAACUAUGAACGGGAAUCGUAGUCUAAACAGCCGGGAUUGGUAGUUUCGGUUCAAAAUUUAAUACUUUAACUCAUACAAAGAAUUGAAUUUGGAAAUAUAAGCUAAAUUUGUGGCACAAUUUGUUGAUUUUAUGAAAUUCCAUUUCUCAAACUCUUGCUUGGCCAAUAGACAGCUUUCAAAACCACAUCGCAUUAGUAAGUACUUAAAUACUGUUUUCACGAUAUCGCUAAGUAAAUAUAUCUUAUAACUAUUAAAAAGUUAUAAAUAAAAAGAAGAAACGUUCAUUGUACUACUCAUAUAUUUAUGCUAUUGUACUAUUUUCUUUUCUACUUAUUUAAAUUACAUAUAUAUAGUAUUUAUAUAUGUGCGUUUAUGUGUGCAUAACUAAAACCAAAUAAGUUUUUUCUUUGAUAAUUACAACAUACCCAUAUUAAUUGUUGUGUUUAUAUGUGUGUAAUUAUUAAUUGCUUAUGAAUAUGUAUGCUUGUAUGUAUGUAUGUGUGUGUUAUUCAUUCUUUUCGUUUGACUUGGAAAUAUUGAAUUUUGUUCAACAAAUAUGUACCUAUUUAUAAUUUAUAAUUAAUUUACGCUUAGUUUUAUUUUUAUUUUAUAGUUUACGCUGUUUUCGUUUAUUUGUACAUGAUUUUUUUGUUUUGUUCUACGUAAAGAGAUAAAUUGAAUUAUUAAAAGUGUGUGAAGUACGUUUUUUGUUUUAAAAAAUUAU